GGCUCAUUCUACGUUCUCUUCAACCACCAUCAUGUCUGGUCGACUUCAACACAAGGUCGCUAUUGUCACUGGCUCUGGCUCCGGCAUCGGUUUAGAAUCCUCUCUGCUUUUUGCAAGUGAAGGCGCCAACGUCGUUCUCGCCGAUGUCAAUCUCCCAAGUGCUCAAAAAGGUGCAGACUUGAUCAAAGACCGAUACCCCACUGUCAAGGGGAUCGCAGUCAAAUGCGAUGUUGGAAAGGAAGAGGACGUCAAGGCUGUUGUUGAUUUGGCCGUAAGGGAAUUUGGGAGGUUGGAUGUCAUGUUCAACAAUGCAGGCAUUAUGCACCCAGAAGAUGAUAACGCCCUCAACACUGAAGAUCGUAUCUGGGAUCUCACUAUGCGAAUCAACGUCAAGGGCGUUUGGUGGGGAUCCAAGUAUGCUGUUCUUGCGAUGCGUCAAAACCCUACCGAUGAGGCCAAAGGGCUUCACGUUGGUGGGAGCAUCAUUAAUACCGCUAGUUUUGUUGCAGUCGUAGGAUCUGCAACACCUCAAAUUGCCUAUACUGCGUCCAAAGGUGCUGUCUUGACAAUGAGCCGUGAACUUGCUAUGGUCCAUGCUCGAGAAGGCAUUCGCGUCAAUUCCCUUUGCCCUGGCCCGCUGAAAACCCCUCUUUUAAUGGACUUCCUCAACACUGACGAAAAGAAACAACGCAGAUUGGUGCAUCUCCCCAUGGGGCGAUUUGGAGAGGCAAUUGAACAAGCCAAAGCUGCGUUGUUCCUCGCCAGCGAUGAAAGUAGCUACGUCACGGGAACUGACUUUAUGGUGGAUGGAGGGUUGACAAACGCCUACGUUACUUCUAUCGGCGAACCCACCCUACCACCUCCUUCGAGCUUGAUAUGAUUGAGGUUGUUACGAGUGAAACAAUAAUAGUUCAAAUUGAAUUCGCGUAUUUUCAAUAACUCAUGAUAGCAGCGACAUAAAGUCCAUCAAGUAAGGCCAGCUCGACGACGAUGUCACCUAGCCCUUAAGCGUAGGGAAAGACAAGACGGGCCAAUUAGCCCCAGGCGG